CGGAGGCACUGGGAGACAGGAACUGCCUGGCAUUCCAGGGGGAGGGAAGCACCGUGCAUCCCCAAGCUCCAGAGCCAUCUGGUGACAGCCUCCAGCUGAGCAUGGCCCUCCUGGCCCUGGGCCGGGACCCUUGGAGCCUCCUGGGCCUUUUCCUCUCCCAGCUGUUCCUGCCGCCGACUGCAGGGGCCAGUGGGCAGGAGCCCCUGCCCAGGAUCACGUACCGUGCAGGGGAGGGACGCAGGGCUCUCAGCCUCUUCCACCAGAAGGGCCUCCAGGAUUUCGACACUCUGCUCUUGAGUGGUGACGGAGGCACUCUCUAUGUGGGGGCUCGAGAGGCCAUUCUGGCCUUGGAUAUCCAGAACCCGGGGAUGCCAAAGCUGAAGAGCAUGAUACCCUGGCCAGCCAGUGACCGAAAAAAGAGUGAGUGCGCCUUUAAGAAGAAGAGCAAUGAGACCCAGUGCUUCAACUUUAUCCGUGUCCUGGUCUCUUUGAACGCCACCCACCUAUAUACCUGUGGCACCUUCGCCUUCAGCCCCGCUUGUACCUUCAUUGAACUCCAAGAUUCCUACCUGUUGCCCAUCUCCGAGGACAAGGUUGUGGAGGGGAAAGGCCAAAGCCCCUUUGACCCUGCCCAUAAGCACACGGCUGUCUUGGCAGAUGGGAUGCUCUAUUCUGGCACCAUGAACAACUUCCUGGGCAGCGAGCCCAUCCUGAUCCGCACGCUGGGACCCCAGCCCGUCCUCAAGACCGACAAUUUCCUCCGCUGGCUGCAGCCGGACGCCUCCUUCGUGGCAGCCAUCCCUUCGACCCAUUUCGUCUACUUCUUCUUCGAGGAGACAGCCAGCGAGUUCGAGUUCUUCGAGAAGCUCCACACGUCCCGGGUGGCCAGAGUCUGCAAGAACGACGUGGGCGGGGACAAGCUGCUGCAGAAGAAAUGGACCACCUUCUUGAAGGCCCAGCUGCUAUGCUCGCAGCCCGGGCAGCUGCCCUUCAACGUCAUCCGCCACGCCGUCCUGCUGCCCGCCGCUGCCUCCGCCGAGCCCCGCGUCUAUGCGGCCUUCAGCUCUCAGUGGCAGAUCGGCGGGACCAGGAGCUCUGCUGUCUGUGCCUUCUCUCUCAAGGACAUCAAGCGUGUCUUUGAGGGCAAGUACAAGGAGUUGAACAAAGAGACUUCACGCUGGACUACUUAUGGGGUCCCCGAGAUCAGUCCCCGACCAGGCAGCUGCUCCGUGGGCCCCUCCUCUGACAAAGCCUUGACCUUCAUGAAGGACCAUUUCCUGAUGGAUGAGCAGGUGGUGGGGACACCCCUGCUGGUGAAGUCUGGUGUGGAGUACACGAGGCUUGCGGUGGAGACAGCCCAGGGCGUCGAUGGGCAGAGCCAUCUGGUCCUCUACCUGGGCACCGGUGAGUAA